GCUCCCUGUGGAGUGACGUGCGUCUCUAUUGGCGCUGUGAGUAUAUUGUAGUAGAGCAGUCCUUUGAGCAACUGAACGGAAGUCGCCGCCAGGGAACGUGGGUCGUAGGGAAAAUGCUCCCUUUAUCUUUACUGAAGACUGCCCAGAACCACCCUAUGCUGGUUGAAUUAAAGAAUGGUGAAACCUACAACGGGCACUUGGUCAGCUGUGACAACUGGAUGAACAUCAAUCUUCGAGAAGUCAUUUGCACGUCUAGGGAUGGUGACAAAUUCUGGAGAAUGCCUGAAUGCUACAUCCGUGGCAGCACAAUUAAAUACCUGCGAAUCCCAGAUGAAAUUAUUGACAUGGUGAAGGAGGAAGUGAUGUCAAAGGGCAGAGGUCGUGGAGGAAUGCAGCAGCAAAAGCAGAUGAAAGGCAGAGGAGCUGGUGGAGCUGGGAGAGGUGUCUUUGGAGGCAGAGGUAGAGGAAUGCCAGGUGGAGGUCGAGGGGGUCAAGAUAAAAAACCGGGACGACAAGCAGGAAAACAGUGAACCUUUAAUGAACAUUGGGCUCCCCCCCCCCCCCCCCCAAAGAUUCACUUGGUAACAUCUGUUUGGACAAGCCUUAUUUUGUCAAAGUAUUUAAUGAGUAUUUACUAGCAUAUUCAAAAGAAACCCUGGGUCCUAUUAGAAUUUCGGCUUUUUUCCAACAGCUAAUAAUCGUUUUGAUAGUUCUUUAGUAAUAUGUACCCCCUUUGGUAGCAAUGAACACUCUAAACUUAAACUGAAUGACCUACCUGUGUUUCACUUCUACAGAAUGUAUGCAUCUUGGAGGAUAAUAUUGGAUUUAGUAAAUGAUGUUUCAUAAAGCAGGUUUAAACCAUCUUCUAGGAUCUAGCAGAGAAUCUGAAAUAGUGGGGAACAUAUCACUUGUAACAACUGUGUAAAUUUUUUAAUUUAUUUUUUUGUUUCAGAUACUUAUGACCUGUAUAUGACAACAGAACUU